CUCGUUCAGUAAGCGGGAAUUACUUCUGCAGCCAAUUGCUGCUCGCCGUUUUAGCACGUCAUCUAGGGAAACAUGGCGGCGCACAUUACCAGAGCUGUGACACGACUUGUUCCACAAGGGAACGGUUGGCUCCUGCCCGCAGCCUGGCAGUUGUGUACUGAAGCAUGGCGUCAUCACCAUCACUCUGCAGGCCCCUCACAGCGCUACAUACCCCGCAGGGCAGUUCUCUACUGCCCUGGCAAUGAUGAGCGAAAAUUGAGGAAACUAGCCUCUCUGGAUGUCGACUGUGCUGUCUUGGACUGCGAGGAUGGUGUAGCCCUCAGCAAGAAGGCAGAGGCCAGAGAGACCAUUCCUAGGAUGUUAGCAGAGCUGGACCUGGGCCGCACAGAGAAGUGUGUGAGGGUGAACUCAGUGUCCAGUGGCUUAGCUGAGGCUGACUUGCAGGUCAUCCUGCAGGCUGAGGUUCUCCCUCCAGCCAUCAUGUUGCCCAAAGUGGAAGACACACAGGAAGUGCAGUGGUUUGUUGACAGGUUUCAGCACAACUUGAAAGGACGGCCACUGACAGAACCCAUUCGCCUGGUCACCUUUGUGGAAACCGCUGUGGGCCUGCUCAAUUUUAAGGCAGUAUGUGAGGAAAUUCGUCGAGUUGCUCCCAAGGCUGGUCUCCACCAUGACGGCGUGGUGUUUGGCUCUGAUGACUUCUGUGCCAGCAUAGGUGCCACAAGAACGAGAGAUGCCAGCGAGCUCCUUUACGCGAGGCAGAAGGUGGUUGUGACCACUAAAGCGUUCGGGCUGCAGGCUAUCGACCUGGUCUACAUUGACUACAAAGAUGUGGAGGGGCUGAGGCGACAGGCCAGAGAGGGGGCUCUAAUGGGCUUCACAGGUAAGCAGGUUAUCCACCCAGGGCAGAUCCAGGUUGUACAGGAGGAGUUCUCCCCCAGUCCAGAGAGGGUCCAGUGGGCCAAAGAGCUCAUUGCUGCUUUUGACCAACACCAAAAGGAGGGAAAGGGUGCGUUCACUUUCCGUGGCAGCAUGAUUGACAUGCCCUCGGUGAAGCAGGCACAGAACAUCAUAACACUAUCCGUCGUGGUGCCAGAGGAAUAACGGGACUGGUGGGAAGAAACUGGAGGAAGCGUGAACUGAACCCUGACAGGAAAGGUCAAAGGCGACUGGAAACGUUGCAGGCUUCACGAUGAAAACAGCGCUUUCACUUUCCACUGACAUAAGUUGGAAAUUGUGGUUUAAAUUUAAGGUUUUGAUCAUUUUUGAAAUGUUUUAAUUAAAUUUGUUUGAGUGUCGUAGUAAUCACAGGGAAGAUGUGGUAUUCAAGUGUAGACUCACUUUCUGUUUGAAAUGGACCUUCGGUUGUUCUCAUCUACAUGAAAUUAUGUAGCGAGCAGCAACAGCAGAUAGCUGAAUCUCGAAGUGUCGAGGAUUUGUGCCCUGUGUGGGCACUUUCUUGGCACACUCUGCAGUGUGUGCCCCAUCAUGUCACUCUCCAGUUUGUGCGACCGCGCCUUCCAUCUCUUGUAGGUCAUGAUGAAUGCUCCCCCAUCUUCAUGGUCCAGGCAGCUGGGCAAAAGGGUAAACAAACACAACAAGCCACUGUUGUGGAUCUAUUCAUUAGGCACCAGCCUUCCAGUCAGGCCUCAGCCCCCUGCCCCUGCCCAGGGCCUUACUCACAAAACAUCAAAGUCUUGUUGGCUUAAAAAAAAAAAAAAAAAAAAAAAAACACACACAAAUGGAAGUGCGUAAACUCACAAUUUAGCUUUUUUUGUGUCAGUCUCCUUAGUAAGGACACGCUGCUCACUCUGUGGCAGCUGUGAGCCUUGAUGAGGAAGGCGUGUGGCGUCAAACACACCAUGACCUAUACGAAAAGUAAACACUGCAUACAUACACAUGCUGUGGCAGUGUUCUUUACCUGAUCUCUCAUUAGAGAUAAGACUUCUUCUUCGUCUUCUGCUAUCCAUGGUUUUGAAUGGUCACUCUUAUUAAAAAAAACAAAACAAACAAAAAAAAACUCCUUAACAAGUUCAGUAAAGUCCUUUGUUGCGAUGUCACAAAUAAAGUAGAGUGGGGCUCCUGUGACUUGCAGAGACAGUGAAGUGGGUGUGAUGUUAGAGUGAGACAGAUUAGUGGCCGUGUUGUUCCAGCAGACCAGGACCGAGGCUUUGUCUCUCUGACUGUGGAUGGGAGGAUAAUUGGGGGGGUGUUGAAUGGUUAAUAGUGCCAUUGGUGACCAUGGUAAUGAAAGGCACCACACCUCCCCUAACCCAUCUCAUCCACUCAUCUCUCUCUCUCUCUCUCUCUCUCUCUCUCUCUCGUACUGUAUGAGCUAUUGUGUCUGGGGCAGGACUGUGGUCUGUGCCAGGCCAGGCCAGACAAAAAGAUCGAAGCCGCUCCUGCGCCCAGCCAAAGACCCAAACAGUAAGCUGUCUCUUUGGCAUUUGGCCACAUAUUUCUCUCACCCCUGGCUCACUUUUUCUGUCGGGAAAUCACAUUCAGCUUGUUUGUUUGUUUUCAGCCACUCGAGCUUAGUGGACAAAACUGCUAUUAUGUAUGACUUUCAUUAAAUAAAUCAACAACAUCAUUUGGGUAGAGCCAUCCUGUGCGGAUCUGUAGAUAGAAAAAUAGAAAUGUUGAAGAACUCAUAACUUAAACUUGGUCCACUUGAACGGUGUGAUAUUUAAUGGAGAUGUUUGUGAAAAGCCUGUGCUGAUUGCCUGAGUCAUAACAUGUCUUAUUUUUGUGCUGUGUCAUUAAAACGGACACGGUGGAUUUUAAUUAAACUUUAAAACUUUCAUGUGGACUUUUAAAACUUUGAUUAAUGGUAAGUUUGUUGCAGCUAAGUCCUGUUGCAGUUCAAUCUGAAAUGAAUGCAGAAAAGGUUCCGUAUUGAAAAUUGACGUUGACUCGUGUGAAUAAGUUUAAGGCAAGUCAGAUGUGUCUUUUAAUUGUUAAAACAGUUAAAUACAAAUAAAAUGCUGUUC